ACGUAAAAACCGGAGCGUGCCAAUCUCUUUUGCAGGUCUGUUUAGUUCCGGGAUGAGGAUUUGACCACGUUGAACACAGUAUAUAGAGUGGCAGCUAUCCGUAGAAACGAAUGGAAAAGGUGUAAGGCUUUGAUGGUUUUAACGAAACGGUGUUAAAGGCGGCACAGGCAAGCUCGGUGAUUCCGCAGACGCAUUCAUUUACUUUUCUAGGCAGUAGCAAGUCCGAAGGAGGUGGCUGGCCGAUGUUUUCUGGCGUCUCCAAAUUAGCCGGAAGAGAAUCGGCGUGGGGGGGGGGGAGAAGCAACCUGACAUACAUAAGUGAGCGUGCAUGAAUGAGUGUGUAAAUCUAAUGCGCACGAACGGCGGAACACGCCACGGCAACAGCCACGGAGGUCCGGUUGAAUUCGGAUGUCGCGCUCUCGUUUCUACGCCAACCAAGCGAGCAAAUGAACGAAUCACCCUCGGAGCUUACAGAUUGGGAUCUGGCGGGCGCCGGGCAAAGCCGCUCCUAUGGGCUGCACGGGAUCAAAGCCCUUUUCUUUGACUUGGACAACACCUUGGUCGACACCGCCUCUGCAAGCAGGAGAGCCAUUGCAGAGGUAAUCAAAAUUUUACAAUAUAAGUAUCACUACACUGAAAGAGAAGCUUGCAUGGUGUGUGAUAAGUUCCAAGACAAGCUGUUCAAGGAAUGCUUUGAUCCAUCUAAAAUAUCCAUUACUAAUCUAAGGAUCCAGCAUUGGGAAGGAGCUAUACAAGAAGUAAAGGGAGGAACAGAGAAUCAGAAGUUGGCUACAGAAUGUUAUUUUCUUUGGAAAACCACCCGCCUGAAGCACUUGACUUUGACAGAGGAAACACGCAAGAUCCUCAGGGACCUCAAAAAAGUUGUCCCUUUGCUUCUGCUAACAAACGGAGAUACUGAGACACAAAGAGAAAAGAUUGAAGCUUGUGCCUGUCAGAAAUUCUUUGAUGCAAUUGUUGUAGGAGGAGAGCAGGAAGAAGAGAAACCAUCGCCAUCCAUUUUCCUUCACUGUUGUAAACUUCUGGGAGUCCAGCCGGAGGACUGUGUGAUGAUUGGAGACUCUUUAGACACAGACAUCCAAGGAGGGUUGAAUGCAGGUUUAAAGGCAACCAUUUGGAUAAAUAAAACUGGAAUAGUUCCCAAGGAAACAUCUCCUAUUCCUCACUAUACUAUUUCUUCUCUUCUUGACCUCCCUGGGCUUUUAGUAAAACAACAUUUUGAAAUGAAUCGGAUGGCAGAUAAUGUACGUGCCAGUCUCACCAAGUAAUUUAAGAGUUUAGCCUCUUUAGUUUAGAGUUAAAGGGCAUUUCUAUCUAUGAGGUUUACAUUGAUUUACUUAAAGUGUUCUUUUCUAUCUUUUUAAAAAGAUUUUUACACUCUGUGCCAUGUUGAACAUAUUUGAGUCUUUUACAUGCUGUUCACUUUAUGUCAAAGUGUGGGCGAAAUAUACAGGGGACUGUAAAGAAGUGGCCAUUUUUGGCUGCUCCAAACCAGAAUCUUGCAAACUCACUAACUUUUCACAAGAGUCCAGCAAUAUCAUAUUAUUUGUUAUGGGAGGGGAUCGGGAUAUCUAAGACAAGAAAUUAGUAACUGAAACUGAAUUGUAGUUUCUGUCUUAAAAUAACACCCACUCAACCAGCUUUUGUAAUGAUAUCAAAAAUAAAUAUAUUUCUUGGUUACUACAAUUCAAAGAAAGCAAAUGAUCUGACAAUUCAUCAUUGCAUUCCCCCCCAGCCCCCCAAUGGUAAGCAACACUAAAGCACAGUUAAGCUGUGAGUCUCAAUACUCUUGGACAGUGUUUCUUGGCAAUUUUCUUAUUCAUGGACUUCAACUCCCAGAAUUUGUCAGCUAGCAAGGUGAUCCAGGGUGAUAUCUGAAAGUUGCCAAGGAUGAGAAACACUGCUGUAGGAUGAAACCAGUCAUGGAGUGCCUCCUGGUGGCACUCCAUAUAACAUUAAAUUGUGUUACAAAUGUGAAAAAAUAUUUAAAGGCUAUUGUGAAGUUCAGUUCAAGAAAAUCUGUAACUGGCUCAAAGUUCAUGCUGUACAUUUUUUUCUGAAAGUAUACAACAUUGUCUUUACUGUAAUUUUAGACAUAGUUUUUAGCUUCUUUGGAAUCGGAGCAGAAUUAAACACUACAAUGCAAAUGUGUCUUUUUCAGUUUUGUUCUUGCAAUGUAACUGCAUGGAUUAGUAUUUGCAGAUGAGAAUCGAUUGAAAGGAUGGGGAAACACUUAAAU